AUGGCGUCUGAACGGUUUGUAGUUGCUUUGCAUUCGUUCCCUGGGAAAAGCAGUGACGAACUGCCAUUAAUUGAAGGGAAUAAGUACCUGCUCAUAAAAAUGGACGAAGAAUUUGGCGACGGAUGGUGGGAGGCAGAAGACCAGGAUGGAAAUCGAGGUAUUUUUCCUGCCUCACAUGUCGAAUUGUUGUCCAACGAGGUUCCUAAUCAUGAAAAUGCUCGUAACGAAAAGGCAGACGUGUCAAUUUCUACUACCGAACUUACCGAGACUUCCAGCUCCCGUUCAAACUUAACAGACUUGGAGGAACCCAUCACCAAGCUAGACUCUCAUGUUAGCUCUCCUCGCCCAGAUACUGAUGGAAUGCCAAAACCAGAAAGCAUCUCCCCAAACCAUCCUAAUGAUCGUCUGCUUUCUCCUUCCUUAGAUAAACGAGAAUCAUCCGAUCUUGAAAAAGACUCUCUUGACAAUCACCGUAAUUCACACCCUAGUGCACAACAAAAGUGGAAUGAUAAUUCCUCUCUUUCUAAUUCACCUGACCUAGACAAAUCAUCUUCUAAUAAUGAUCCUAUGCGCAAGACUAUUGAUGAUAUUGAAAGCGCACUCCAAAACUUAUCGACCGCUGAAGCCGAUGAGCAUAGCACCUCCCCACUACCAAUUUUAAAUUAUCGAUCACCAUCUUCUCUUGGUCUUACUGAAAAAGUUCAAAAUCUCCCUCACUGGUCUACAGCAGAGGUCAUAGAUUGGUUAAAAAAUGCCGGCCUUGGAUCUGUAGCUCCUAAUUUUGUGGAGAAUGAAAUCAAUGGUGAGAUAUUGCUUAAUACGGAUUCUAGUGUUUUGAAGGAAUUAAAUAUAACAUCUUAUGGAAAAAGAUUUGAAGUUUUACGUAAAAUCCAGCAACUCAAAGACACCUAUCAGCAAACACUUUCUGAAAGUUACCCAGAGUUUCCUGGCAACUACUCUGAAUCGCCUAGUCCGGAUAUAAUGUCUCCGAGGGCAGACUUUGGUGACCCGACCUUAGUUCCAUCCUCUUCCAAUUAUGAUUCCAACAAUGAAUCUAGCGCUAGUUCAAAUCGUAUGAGCGUACUUCCUACUUUGUCUCAUAUGUUGGUUUCUCCUGAUUUUGAAGAAUACGGCAACAAUAAAUCUGAGAAAUACAUCCCUCCUCUGUCGACUAAUCGCACUCGAGGAGAAAAUAAGGCUCCAUCUGUAAAGCCACCUAGUGCCUCUCGCUUGUCAUCUUCCGUUCCCUCACGUACUUCACCUAUCACCAAGCGUCCAUCGCCUUCAGAGUCUUCUCACUCAACCCAUGGCUCUUCUCGUUUAGCACAGGUGCCGAACGAACAUGCUAAUGGUCGUAGUGACUCUGCUUCAUUGCAUCCACCAGCUGAUCCCAAGCUGUAUACCCCCCAGCCUUCAACUACAUACACUCAAUCUCCUAACGUUAUACAGCCCAAGGGAAGUAAGAAACCUGCUGGUUUAACAAGAUUAAAAACCGAUACAGUAGAAGGAUCUUCUUCAACAAUCCCAGCACGAGAUCUCUCGGCAUCUACUAAACCUGGCGAACCUGCCGUGAUAAGCCCCUUGAAUUCGGCUUCCUCAGGACAUCUGCCAACUCUUACCUCACAAAAAUCACCUUCUCUUGACAAUGCUAAGAGCCCUUCGAGUACAAAGAAACCUCUCGUCCAAAAAAUGCUAUCUGCUACAAACGUCAAGUCUUCAUCCGAUAACGGGCAAAAAACAUCAAAUUUGAAAAUUUCUACUCCCACUUCACUGUCUUCUUCGGUUUCAGAUGUUCCUAAUUCUGCGCCCUUAGGAAAGGAACCAAUUGGGAAACGAAAGUCGAAACGCGAUAUCUUUGGAAGACAGAAAAUUUUACCUACUGGUAUCAGUGAAGGACUUACAGAUAUUCCAGUUAAGGAAGCGAUGAAGACUGCUGACUGCCAUGGUUGGAUGCGUAAACGAAGCGAUCGUUAUGGUGUAUGGAAGGCGAGGUAUUUCGUUUUGAAGGGUACUAGACUUUCUUAUUACCACUCUUUGAAUGAUACUUCUGAAAAAGGAUUGAUUGACAUAACUUCUCACCGUGUUUGCAAAGUUGAAGAUUUGGUUUUAAGUGGUGGUAAAACCGCUAUUAAAUUGGCACCACCGGCACCCGGUGCGGCAAAGGCUGCUGUAAUGUUUACACCUCCAAAAGUACAUUACUUUAUCUGUGAAAGUAAGGAUGAUAUUAAUCGAUGGUCAUCUGCAUUCUUGAAGGCUACGGUAGAGCGCGAUAUGUCGGUCCCUGUAUUAACAACAACAAGAAUGCAAACGAUCUCUUUAAAUAAAGCCAAGGAACUUCGUACGCGACCUCCUUCACUAUUGAUGGAUGAACAAGCAGAGCCGGACCUGCCUUCCUCCAUCGGUUUAAAGAAGAAUGCCAAACAAAAGGGUAAAGAACCCGUGAGACAACCUGCUAAGUAA